AUGACUAAACUUGAACCAUUUUAUUUAUCAUCUGUACUUUUGUACGUAAAAGGAAUGACAACAGUCAGAAGAUUAAAAGAGGUAUCAAAAAACACUGCUAUGGCAUUUGAAAUGCUUCAUAUUAACCCUCAAAAUAUAAGUAGUGGAAUUAAUUGGUUGUUUAAAACAUUUCCAAAUAUCAAUACAAUACAAGGUCCCUGUGAUUAUGUGUUAAGAGAAAUAAAAAAAGAAUGCUUAUAUAAGAUUUCAUGGAUAGACUCUUCAUUAAGUAUUACACACGCCAAUAAAAUAAAACCUGAAAUAGAAGAAAAAUUCGUAAAAUAA